AUGGUCUUUUGGACCCAGAUGCCACCGGGCUUUCAGGACACACCGAAACCAUUUCAGUGGGUGGAGUUUUUCGCUGGAGAGGCUCAGGCAACUGAGCAAAUGAAAUAUUAUGGAGGCAGAACAACAGCAAGGUUGGAUAUCGUUUACAUGAGUGACAAAAAUGGAGUGCCCGGGACCAACCCUAUGGAUAUAACAUCCCCUUGUGGAAUGGCGACAGCUCUUCAGACCGUACUUCGUGGUGACCAUGAGAAGGGGUGGGCAUGCCACUUUGGUCUGAAGUGUGCAUCAUGGACAUCCAUUAAUUCUGGCACAAGUGGUCGCAGUGCAUGCAGUUCUAUUGGCAACUUAGAUUACCAAAGUGUGUUGACAUCAAAUUGCAUGGCAAGUCGGAUGAUACUCUUGAUGAUGAUCGUAGUGUGCUUGAAUGGAACAAUAAUCUUGGAACAACCAUUUGGUUCGUUCUUUGAACAUUACCCAAGAUGGCGAGAUUUCGUGAUGAUGCUUCUUCGUCAUGGUGGGAACGGUGCGGUACACCGUACAACAUGGUAUAUGCUGCACUAUGGUGGACCUACACCAAAGCGACAUGUGGCUUGGGCAAAUAGCCGUCACAUUGGUCGCCUAAACCUUGGGCGAUUGAUAGGGUGGGCCAAGCGCAAAAGGGAGCUUGCUUCACGUGGCCAAGCACCACCUCAACUAGUCCAGAAAUACUUCGACAAGUCGGGCAAGAGACGUUACAAAGGAACGUCGAAGUUGCGUUCCAGCGAGAACUAUCCACCAGCUUUUGGGCGAAAAAUGAGUGAUUUGUGGAACCAAUUGGUUUCUGAGAAGUCUGGCAUGCCAAGCUUGCCAGACCCCAUUCCCCCAGCUCUAGAGACGUUUACAAGUCUCGACAUGGACGAUGUUUGGACAGAGGCUGAUAUGCCAGCUGUUUGCCGUUAUCUUCGAGGAGGGACAUCCUUGAGGAUUCCUGACUCUUUCCGGGAUGUUUUGCCCAAAAAAAUUUAG